CAAGAAAAACCGACGUCUGUUAUCGAUAAUACGAGCGACAACGAUUUCUUGUUAGGAAACUCGGACUUUAGCUCGUGAAGCUUUAGAAGCAAGUUUUCAAGCGUCAUCCCGAUUCUACAUUUAAGCCUCUUAGCUGUUACCGUUAGAACCCGUUGUUUCAAUCUUCUUUUCGAGUCGCCCCCUUUUACACACUACAGACGAUAUGGACGGGUUAACGGCAUCCGAGACGCGCGAGCUGGAGCAGCGCAUGCAGAAGCAGCAGAUGAAAGUAUUCUUUGGCCUCUUUAGCAACCUAGUCGACCACUGCUUCAUGUCCUGCAUCGACGACUUCACCACCAAGUCUCUAACAGGCCGCGAGUCCGGAUGCGUCGCCCGCUGCGUCCAGAAGCACAUGGCCUUAUCCCAGCGCCUCAGCGAGCGGUUCCAAGAGCACAAUGCCCAGAUGACGCAACAGCAGCAGCAGCAGGGAGGAGGUUUCCGAUAAGUCAACCGUUCUCGAGGAGAGCACUCUUAUUUCCCUUCUGAGGGUUAGUGGGCUGUAUAUUAUGCUCGGGGCUUGAGGUUUUGGGGUGGCUAGCUAGGACUAGAUGUAUGUUGUCUAUGUCCCACGUGAAAUGACAUGGACAAACCAGGUUGGGUUAGGCGACCUUAACUGUGAGGGCUGCUAGGUGUCUCAUCGUCACUGGCACGGGAGCCGAGGCUACGAAUAGCCUUGAUGUAUUAAUAGGGACUAUAGGGGGUUCCCGUCUGGGGAUGAUACUCCGGCUCUAGACAUGAGCUUUGAACAUCACUAUUUCAACUCCGUAUAUGAACUUACACGUAUGUAAUGUCGUAGUAGCUAAUUGAGGAAGGCAUUGUUCUAGUCAACAGUAAGGUUGUCUACCUGAGCUUCAUGGAGCUCGUGAAUAGAUAUGGCCC